AUGGACAGUAACUCCCGUUCUUCUUUAAGUCCACUUCAAAAAGAGGUUGCCUCUGGAUUGACUGCAGGAAUAAUUACUACUAUAGUAACCCAUCCUCUAGAUUUGAUAAAGCUACGAUUACAACUAGCAGCAAUAAACUCCAAACCAGUAAGCUACUAUUCGCAAGUUCAACAGGUACUUAAGGAUGGGAAUGGGCUUAAUCAUACGCUAAAGGAAGCAUACCGGGGACUAGCCAUCAAUGUUUUGGGUAAUGCCAUUGCCUGGGGACUCUACUUUGGGUUAUAUCGAGUCUCUAAGGAUCUGGUGUACAGCAUGUCCUCGUACACAAAUCAGGAAAAUAAGUUCAUGAAUGAUAGACAGAUGAGUUCUACGUUAUACCUCUUUUCUGCGGGUGCAAGUGGACUGGCGACUGCAGUUUUGACUAAUCCGAUGUGGGUUAUUAAAACAAGAAUUAUGUCCACUAAUUCCUCCCACGGUUAUAGUUCAAUAUCAAAUGCAAUUUGUAGAAUUUGUAAGGAGGAGGGUAUAAAAACUUUUUGGAAAGGUUUGCUUCCAUCCUUACUAGGGGUUAGUCAAGGUGCUCUCUAUUUCUCGAUAUAUGAUACUUUAAAACUAAAAUACUUACAUGACAAAACUGCAGUUAAAGAAAGGAAAUUAACAGCUGGUGAAACUAUUGGGAUUAUAUCUUUGUCUAAAAUGAUUUCUGUCAGCACGGUCUACCCUUUACAGCUAUUAAAGACUAAUCUACAGGCGUUUAAAUCGCAAAAUAAUGAAAACAGUUCUACUAAGGCGUUAAUACGAUCUAUUUGGGCUAGAAAUGGACUAUCGGGUUUUUACAAAGGACUUAUGGCAAACCUGAUACGGGCAAUUCCAUCGACAUGCAUAACAUUUGGCACUUACGAACAUUUCAAGCAUAUUUUAUAA